UUGGACGGUUUUAAAAAGAGACGGCGGACGGGAAGGUGCGUGUGGAUUAUAUGUCGGUUGCUGGUUUCGGGAAGUUUGUGACUAUAACAUGGAGUCCACCGAGGACCAUAUGCUUCCUCGCAGGCCAUCAUAUCUUGGCGUUGGGAUAAAUCUUCCAGAAAUGUCAGAACCCCAGUCAGUUGAUGACAUCAGAACAAACCUGGCUGACAAAUUUCUUUUACUUGAGGGAUCUGAUGCUGAACCUAAUCAGAAAAAUUCCUCAGACUCCAAUGAAAAUAUGCAUGUAUACUUGAGAGUCCGGCCGUUCACUUUAUCUGAGAUUGAACAGAGAGAGGCACAGGAAUGUGUCAGUAUUCCAGAUUUCAAAAGCGUUUUGGUCCGAGCACCACAAAGUUCCCAGGCUGGUAGACUCAGUGAUAAGGGCCUUUGUCCAAUGGCUCAGAAAUUCACGUUUACUCAAGUCUUUGGUCCUGAGACAACCCAACCUCAGUUUUUUGAAGGGACUAUAAAACAGCAAGUGAUUGAUUUUAUGAAAGGUCAUAAUCGACUUAUUUUUACAUAUGGUGUGACCAAUGCAGGAAAGACUUUUACAUUCCAAGGUACAAAGGAUGAUGCAGGCAUUUUGCCUCGAUCUAUGGAAAUGCUUUUUAACACCAUUCAAGGAAAUGUUUAUUCAAAGAUGGAUGUGAAGCCUCACAGAUGUAGAGAUUAUAUACGAUUAACAAAAGACCAAGUAAAGGUCGAAGUUGCCUUCAAAAAUAAUGUACUGCGUCAAAUUAAAGAGGUUGAUCCGCAAUGCAGCAUAAGAAGUAACAGCAGUAGAACCUCAGCAGAUACAACGGACUUUCUGAAUGAUGAAGUUGUCGGAGGUUUUGUAAAUUCGAGAGUCAUAGAGUUUGAAGAUCGCUUACCGCAGUGUGAAGAGUUCAGAUUAGAUGCAGACAGUACUGCAAAAUACUCUGUCUGGGUUUCCUUCUGUGAAAUCUACAACGAGUGUAUAUACGACCUUCUUGACCCCAUAUCUGGAGAUAAAUUCUAUAAACGGAAGACUUUGCGGCUUGCCCAGGACAUCAAAGGAUUCUGCUUUGUUAAAGAUCUACAGUGGAUACAGGUGUCUGAUGCAAAAGAGGCAUGCCGCAUACUGGCCUUGGGCAAAAAAUUCCAGAGCAUUGCAUUUACAAAGUUGAAUAGUUCUUCGAGUAGGAGUCACAGCAUAUUCACUGUUCGUCUCUUAAAAAUUGAAGAUGCUGAUAUUCCGCGUGUUGUCAAAGUUAGCGAGAUGGCACUUUGUGACUUGGCUGGGUCCGAAAGAUGCACAAAAACCCAGAAUGAAGGGGAAAGAUUAAAAGAGAGUGGAAACAUAAACACCUCCUUGCUGAUACUCGGUAAAUGCAUCAAUGCAUUGAAGAACAGUCAGCAAUCAAAGAUUCAGCAGCAUGUGCCCUUCCGAGAAAGUAAGCUCACACACUACCUUCAAAGUUUCUUUACCGGCAAAGGCAAAGUGAGCAUGAUUGUCAACAUCUGUCAGUCGGCCUCUUCCUAUGAUGAGACGCUGAAUGUGUUGAAAUUCUCAGCUGUGGCGCAGAAGGUUCUUAUAUUGGAUUCUUGUCAGACUUCAGAAAGUCUAACAUAUGGUCAGAAAAAGAGUGCUAGAGAAGUCUCAUUUAUAAUAAAUAAUGCUGACCGCAAGAUAUGGACAUCAAGAAAACGGGCAACUGUGCAAUGGGAUUCCCGAUUAGAGGAUGUCCUAGAGGAUGGAGAUGAUUCAGAACUAGAGGACAACUCUGAGGAUGAAGAGUGUCUUGACUGUACCAAUCUUGAUGAUCUUGAUGAUGAAGAGGAGGCGAAUGACGAUCAGGAAGAUGACAUUAUCAUUAAGAAAGAUGCAUACCAGAAACUGUUGGAUCUAGUAGAAGACUUGAAAACCAAACUGGUAAAUGAGAAAAAAGAUAAACUCUUAAUGGAACUUAGAAUCCGUGAGGAAGUAGCAAAAGAAUUUACCCAACAUUUUAUGGAACGAGAGAAUGACUUUAGUGAACGUUUGGAAAAGGAAAAGGAGUUAAUGGAAGAAAGGUGCGAUGAAAGAUUGGAGAUCUUCCAGGAUUUGGUACGAAAAUGUACAGAAAAACAGGAUGUAGAAGAACCCAAUCCUACGAAAUGCAGCGAAGCUGAACCUGCCAUUGAGGUGGGUGAAACCAGUCUGCCACUCCAGGGACUUUUCUCCUCUAUGCAGACUGAUCUGGCGGUGAUUAAGAAGCAAGCAGUAGAGGCUCACUUGCAGAUUGCUGCCAUUCCUGAUGUUCCAGAUAUCACAGCAGGCCUGGAAGAAAGGUUAAAAGAAGUGUCCUCUGACCUCUUCAAAACUCAGGAAGAAUUGAAGAAAACAUCUGCUGAGCUGGAAAAGCAAAUUGAAAAAUACCGUAAAACAAGCAUUCACCUGGAAGAAGCUGAUAAGAAACUCUCUGCUCAAAAACUGCAAAUUGAUCAGAUGAUGCAGAUGAUGCAGCAAAAGGAGUCUGCAAUCGACAAACUAAAAGAACUUGUGUCUCACUGGGAGCAUAAAUAUGAAGAUUAUGAGAAAACCAUGAAAGAAAUGAGAGGGGGAAUGGAGAAAGUCGGCAGUCAUGUAACGGUCCUUCCUAUCGGACGUAAGCGCCCACCAGAGGAUCAUCACAAGGAACAGCCCCCUUCAAAGAAAGAAGUAAACGAAAGGACUUCAACAAACAUCUCACAGACAUCCGACCUAAAAGCCAGAGAGGAAACAGAUGCUAUAAAAGAGCUGGAAGAUAUAAAAGCUGAAAAGGAACAGCUUAAAAGACAAAUAGUUGUCCUUAACCAGACCAUUACCCGUUUGGAAGAUACUAUUGCUAGAAAUAACGAGACGCUAGAAGAAACAGAAUCAAAAAAUAAAAUUAUUUCUUCUGAACUCCAGACAUACAAAGAACUUCUAACCAACCAGGAGGGAACCGUUAAAAGCUUAUUGCAGGAAGUAGAUCAGAACAAGGAGAACAUCUCUAUCAAGGUGGCACAAAUCAGAACAAUUCAAAAUAAACUUGAAUUGUUUAAAGAUUGUGAGAUAAAGGAACAGUCCACUGAGGAGUUUUGUAAUUUUAAUGACUGGAUGAAGAAACCAAUGAAUAUAAGGAAGGAAAUUCACUCUGAAGUGGAUAACAAUGAUCAUCCAGCGCCCAAGGUAGGCUCAGGCCGAGAAAGUGCUUUCUACAGUGCGGUAGAAGGUCUGUGGAAGAAAUGCCAUGAAGUUCUGCAAGAGUUGGCAAAAAAGAACCAGUUCAUUGAACAGCUCGAAGAAAACAUCAAUACACUAAAAGACGAAGUUACUUUGCUCAAACAAGAAAAUGAAAGUUUACAACUUACUCAAGCUAGUAGUUUUGAGAAAGAUGGCCUACUCAAAGAAAAAGACAACUUUAUAAGCCAGCUCCAAGGUAAAUUGUCUGAAAAGUCAAAUCAGCUGGAGAUACAAUCUAAGCAAGAACUUGAUUCACAAAAUGAGAUUUUGGAACUUAAGAAGCAGCUUGAUGAGAAUAAACAGAAGAUAAAGGACCAGGAGUGCACCUUAGAUUCUUAUAACGAAAAAUGUAAUAAAUUAGAAAUUCUGGAAAAACAAAUCAAAGAAAAGGCCGCUGUUAUCCAAGCGUUGGAGAAACAAUUGGAAAAGGCCCAAACGGAAAAAUCAGGCUAUGAAAAAGAACUAAAUAAGUUGAAUCAUGAGAAAACGGAGUUGGAACAAAUAACUACAGAUGUGAAGGAAAAACUUAAAGCUGUUGAAAACACAAACGGCAAGAAGCAAACGCAGCUUGAUGAUUUGUCAAAGCAAAUUGAACUGUUAAAGAAAGACCUUUCAGGAAGAGCAAUGGAAGCUAAAACUCUUCAGACUGAUCUCCAGAGAAAAGAUGAGGACUACGCAGAUCUGAAAGAUAAAUUAGCGGAUGCUAAAAAACAAAUACAGCAAGUAGAGAAAGAGGUCUCUGCCAUGCGGGAAGAGAAGAAGCUGCUCAGUAACAAAGUGAAUGAAUACGAAAAAUUAAAGAACCAGCUAUCUUGUGAAUUGGAGAUGAAGCAGCGCACAAUCCAGCAGUUGAAAAAGGAAUGUCUUAAUAACGAAGGCAAUGAAGAUGCAACAAACCUUUACCGGAAGACCUGCCAAGAUGUACAAGCAAAAGAAAAAAUAAUUGAAGAUAUGAGAAUGACCCUUAUCGAGCAAGAACAAACUCAGGCAGAGCAAGAUCAAGCACUUGAGGCCAAAACAGAAGAAGCUGAAAAAUUAGCUGAAGAACUCGAAAUAUGGAAACUAAAGUAUAAAGAAUUGGAGAAGAACAGCCACAGAGAGCUGAUAACAAAACUUUCUGUUGAGUCGAGUGAGACAGAAAAGGUGGAUUCCCAAGUAUCAAAACUACAGGCUCAAUUAAAUCAAUCGGAAGAAAAGUAUAGCACCGAAAGAAAGAAAUGGCUGGAAGAAAAAAUGAAUUUACUGGCUCAGGCUAAAGAAUCCGAGACUCACAGGAACAAAGAGAUGAGAAAGUUUGCUGAAGACCGAGAACGCCACGUGAAACAACAGGGAGAGCUGGAACAACUUUGUGCUCAGCUUGCUGAAAAGGAAAAUACUCUGCUGAAGUGGCGUGAAGAGCGUGACCAGCUUGUAUCAGCUCUGGAAGUUCAGUUGAAGAGUCUCCUUUCCAGCAACAUGGAAAAAGAAAGAGAGAUUGAAAAUCUUAAAAAAUGCAGCACUUUAAAAACAGAAGGGGAAAAUGUUGAUGAGCUGAAGAAGCAAUUGUGUUUGUGUGAGAAGAAAAUCAAGGAGCUAGAGGAGAAACUUGCUAAUCUGGAAAACUCCAAAGCAACACAUACAGCAGAAUCACCAGAUGAUCAGCAACUAAAGGAACAACCAACAGAGAUCGCUGAUCCACCACAACGUCCUAGUCCUUUCCAAACAGAUACCAGCCGAUCAAAACCUUCAGAUAGCGGUCGUGUUUCAACAGAUGACUGUCAGUCACAGGAUGGAUCGGGAACAGUACUGGACUCUUCUGAGAUUUCAACAGAAAAUGGGCGAGUCAGCAGGUUCCCGAAACCAGAGAUGGAAAUACGAUUCAGCCCAGCAAGGCCCAACAAAAUGGAAGUAAAACACUGUGGGGAGGACUCGCCAAGAACAGUAAAGAUAACUAGAACUACAAGAAAGAGAAAGAGCCAUGAAAUGGAGCAGGACAUUGUGAAAAGUGAAAACAAGAGAAAUAUAAUAUCGCGAACUGGUGUCAGGACCCCUUCCUCGCAAUCUAGCCCAACUGUAAACCAGAAUGAAGCCAAGAGAAACACCAGAAAUACAAUAACAAAACAGCAAUCCACAUCAAGUACUUCAUCAGUACAGAAAAAAGACGGAACCCUGCAAAAACUUGGAGGCUUUUUACAAAGCUCUCCUUCCAUCUUCCAGAGUAAAGCCAAAAAACUACUUGAGACAAUUAGCGCUCCCAAGACAUCAGAUCUGGUUGGCAGUAAAAAAGAAAAUGACGUUAAGCCCAAGAAAAGCAAGAGAAAGUUGUACAAUACUGAUAUUUCAGCUCCUCUGGACUUCAUUGCCCCUACGAGUAUCGUGGACAAAAAUGAAAAGGAAAGUGACCACUUAAUAAUGAAGAGACGCCUAAGAACAAGAACAGCUAAAUAAUUUAUAUAGACUGUUUUAAUUUUAUCCUGUGGAAUACCCUUUUGUAGAUAUGUUUUAGUUUAUUGCUGCUUACAUUUGAUUAAUUUUCUUUGCAAAGUAAGAUGAGUAAUUUUACAAAACAGUUUAAGUAUUGUUAUUUGUAAAUAUAUAUUUGAAGCAGUUAUUGUAUAUGCUUUUUGGUAUACAAUCUUAAAUA